AUGGUUUUCAAACUCCCCGUCAGCGUUUUUGGCGGAGCGAAACAGAUGAUGAAGUCGCCUGCGGCGGCACAUCAGCUCAGAAUGGCAUCAACAAAGACCAUGACGGUCAGAGACGCUCUAAACAGUGCCAUGGCUGAAGAAAUGGACCGCGACGAUGACGUGUUCAUCAUCGGUGAGGAAGUCGCCCAGUACAACGGUGCGUACAAAGUGACCAAAGGUCUUAUGGACCGUUUUGGCGAGCGCCGUGUGGUGGACACACCAAUCACCGAAAUGGGCUUCACCGGUUUGUCCGUCGGUGCCGCGCUCAAGGGCCUCAAGCCCAUUGUAGAAUUCAUGUCGUUCAACUUCUCCAUGCAGGCUAUCGACCAAGUGGUCAACUCUGCAGCUAAGACCUACUACAUGUCCGGUGGUACCCAGAAGUGCCAGAUCGUGUUCAGAGGACCCAACGGUGCCGCUGUCGGUGUGGGUGCGCAGCACUCGCAAGAUUUUUCCGCGUGGUACGGUUCGAUUCCCGGUAUGAAGGUGUUGGUGCCCUACUCUGCUGAGGACGCUCGUGGUUUGCUUAAGGCGGCCAUCAGAGACCCCAACCCCGUCGUUUUCCUAGAAAAUGAGCUCUUGUACGGUGAGUCCUUCGAGGUGUCCGAGGAGUGUCUGUCUACCGACUUUACGCUCCCUUACACCGCCAAGAUCGAACGUGAAGGUACUGACAUCUCUAUUGUCACUUACACCAGAAACGUGAUGUUCUCGCUCCAAGCAGCCGAGAUUUUGGACAAACAGUUUGGUAUUUCCGCCGAGGUGGUCAACCUACGUUCCAUCAGACCUAUGGACGUCAACGCCAUCAUCAAGAGUGUGAAGAAGACCAACCAUUUGAUCACCGUAGAGUCCACUUUCCCCAGCUUCGGUGUUGGCUCUGAAAUCGUGGCCCAAGUCAUGGAAUCUGAGGCCUUUGACUACCUGGACGCCCCAGUGCAAAGAGUCACUGGUGCUGAUGUGCCAACUCCUUACGCGAAAGAACUAGAAGACUUUGCGUUUCCAGACCCUGACGUGAUUGUUUCUGCCGUCAAGAAGGUUUUGUCCGUCGAGUAG